AUUGAAUUAUGUUUGUUUUUAUUAAAUAAUAUAAUAAGUCAACUAAAUAAUGCCAGUUGAUGGAAUAUAUCCGAAGAAUUUGAAGAUGUGCAUUAGAUUUUCACUACAUGUGUCCUCUUCAGAAUAUGUUAUCUCGAUAUAAUUUCUUGUUGCUCUGACGGAACUUCGACAUCUUGACCGAGCAGAAUGACGGACCUUGCUCAAGACAUUGGUAAGUGGCCAUCGAAUUAGGAAUUCACUCACGCUCGACAGGAUGGUAUAUAUGUGGCAGUGGGCUGUAUGCACAUCAGUCUCCUAGUAACAUCGACUAGCGCAUCAUCAUCAUGAACUACUACACUCUGAUCUUGGCCGUCGCCGCUUGCAUCGCUUCCUCUUCGGCGAAACCCAGCGGCCUCCUGCCCGCUCCACUGGUCGCCGCUCCAGUCGCCGCCCCCUUGGCUUACAGUGCUCCCAUCGUCACCAGCCGAAGCGCCCAGGUCGUCCAGAGGAACUUUAACGCCAUCGCUGCUCCAUACUAUGCCGCCCCAGCAGUAGCUGCUCCGGUCCUAGCAGCAAGGUACGCUUACGCCGCACCAGCAGUAGCUGCUCCAUUUGUCGCUGCGCCGGCAGUUGCCGCUCCAGCUAGAUUGGUUGCGCCAGCAGUGGCUGCUCCUGCUCCGGUGCUUGCAGCAAGGUACGCCUAUGCUCCUGCAGUAGCUGCUCCAGCAGUCGCUGCUCCUCUUGCAGCUCCAGUCGCUGCUCCUCUUGCUGCUCCAGUCGCUGCAAGAUAUGCAUACCCCGCUCCAGCAGUUGCUGCACCGGCAGUCGCUGCUCCCGCUAGGCUAGCAGCACCUGCAUUACCCGCUCCAUUUCCAUACUACAUAUAAUUCAGUACAAACAUCUAAACGAAAAUUGUGUAUAAAAUGCAAAUAAAAAAAAAGAUAAAAUAUUAAAUAUGAUUUAUUAUUUAUUAACCAAA